GAGAGAAAAGAAUGGAAAUUCAAACAAGAUUCGAUUUUAUGCUUCUGAGAUAAUAUUUUAAAGGGUGUAAGAGUAGAAAAUACCCAGGGGCCGGUUCAAAUAGAGAUCAAACAUGGAGUAAUCUUGUGACAUUUGAGAAAUUUAUUGUUUGCACAGUAAAUGUAUCCGCGGGAUGCCUAGACUGACAAAAAGGAUUUUGAAAAGACUGAUUUUCACCGAAAAAUACCACACAGCGGUUGUGCGAAAGGAUUAAAGAUUCGCUGACCUUCGACAACGGGAUAAAAUGUAGACGGAAUAGUUUUGUAAACACGCUGAAGUACACUUCAGAGUUCGUAUUCCUUUACAGUUGAUUUAGCAAACGUUGUUGAAGUAUUCGACGAGGUGCGGGUACGAAGAGACGCCAGGUGACGAAUGGUGGGAUGUCACACUUGUACUCGCUAAGAACUGACAGAGCGUUCAUCUCCGUGUAUGACUCAUCGAGAACAGGGACUCAAAUAUACACUCGAGUCAAUGAAUUUAAUUUCUUAAGUUACACAAGUUUCGGUCGCAUUUUUGAAAUCAUAAGUUACAUUUUGAUAUUGAAUAUAGCGAUUCGAUAUCAUGCCAUGUUAUCAAACAGUAUGCAAAACUUAUCCGUGUAUUGUAUAAACCAUGGUGAUGAAUUGUAGCAACCUGAAAACAAUUUGCGAUUUUAAAAACGUUUAAUACUAACGAACGCAACAGAUACUGUAAAAACAAACAAACACAAUCAUAUAGCGUCAAAAUUAAUACUGUAUGUUAUCAGCUGAUAAAAAAUUAAUAUGCGUUGUAAGUGAAAAAAGUGUUUAUAGGUUCUUUAAUUUACUAUUCAUAAAAAAACAACACAACUCCGAAGUGAAACUGUAUUCAACCGUCACAAUCUGCAAAGUUCUGCAUUUUGCAUUUCCUAAAAGACAUUUAAACACAAUCUGAUAUUAACUGUCUUACCAGCUGAUUGAAGUUUCAUUAAACAAUUCCGACGCCGACAAUAUGUUUGGAACGCUCGUGGAUUCGUGUGCCGACGAGCCAAAGGAGCCGGGACGGGUGUUCAGUGAACUGCCGACGGACGUCGGCGAAACGAUCCCGCCGCAGAUCGAUUCGUUUCAGAUUAUAAGCGAGCCAGGGAGCCGGUGUCAGGACGGCGUAUGCGCCGGUUGCGGGGCGCGUAUUCUGGACCGCUUCUUCUUGUCCGUCGCAGGACAACACUGGCACGUGACUUGUCUGCGCUGCGCGGAAUGCAAUACGCAGUUGGACACCCAGAUCACGUGCUUUGUUCGGGACGGUCUCGUCUUCUGCAAACGGGAUUAUCAACGACGGUUUUCCUUGCGGCGUUGUUUCCGAUGCCACAUCGGAAUCUCGUCCACGGAGCUCGUGAUGAGAUCACGUGACAGAUACUACCACGUGGAGUGCUUCACGUGCGUAACGUGCCACCGGCCCCUGAUUCCCGGGGACACGUAUGGUGUCCAUGACGACCAGGUCUUCUGCCAGGAGGACUAUGAUCACGUGCUCAAUAACUUCCAAUCAGGGUCGCCCUAUUAUAGCGUGUAUGACUGCAAUUUCACGGACUAUGAUGCCAUUAAUGACGUAACGGAUGAUGCGUUGGAAUACUACAGUUCCGGCUACGAAUUUCUCGCGCUUAGUCGCUCAAGGAAACGGCGACACAUGAUAGUGCCGGAAGGAUGUUUCCAGACGUUAGGUCUGCUCACUAACAAACAUGGCGACUUCAUACCCCGUGACAAGUACUGCGGCACUCCUCCGCGCCAGAAAAGAGUCCGCACUUCUUUCAAGCACACGCAGCUGCGCACGAUGAAGUCGUACUUCGCCGUGAAUCACAACCCGGACGCCAAGGACCUCAAAGAGUUGGCCAAAAAGACGCAACUCAGCAAGCGAGUCCUCCAGGUAUGGUUCCAGAACGCACGAGCUAAAUUUCGACGAAGCUCAUCGAAACAGACCAACGAUCCCACGGAGCAGGAUCCGUCAAACACAGAGCAGGUUAACACAGACACAGAUCAGUUACUGGAUUUAAGCAAGUGUAGGUCCCCGGCCUUGUCUGACGUCAGCACGUGCCAAUCAAUGACGUCACUGGACCUGAUUGAAAGCACGUCAAAACUGAGCGACAGCGUGAACGAAAGUUUUUCAGACGAUAACGUUAGUUCAUGAGAUACAACUGUUCCCAAAUCAAUAGUUAAUAUAUUGUUAAAAAAAACAUAACAUUUUAAUUGGUGCAUAAUAACAUUUAAUAAAUUCAAAUAUCUACAUAGCUGACGGUGUAAUAUUAUGCGAAAUUUAUUAGGCGCAUCAAGUAUUAUUCAAAAUAUUUCGACGAAUUCAUGCAUAUCUCGUCAUUCAUAACUAUGAAUAUAAUUUGCCAAAAAAUAUUCCUACUACAAUAAAACUGCUGCAGAGAUUUUAGAAUCUGGUGCAUACGAUAUGCAGUUGAUGUCGUUUUUCGUCGUCUACAUCCUCACUCUAACACUUCUCAAUGUUUACAAGACUUAUUCCUUAAGAAGCAUCUUUUCGCAACAUCGCAGACAUACCACUGAGCGACGACAUUUGCGUUACAACAUUUUUUAACCAGAAAAUUGAUGACAAUCGACAAGUGCUCAUACAAUGUAUAUAGCAUACAUUAUUAUGUAUGCGAGUUGCGUAUCUUAUUGUUCGUCGGAUUUGUGUUAUAUGUGAAACGUGUUGCCAGGCGGUUACAACCCAAAUAUUUGUGCAAUCACUUACUUUUGUAUUAACAUAACACCAUGUUAUUUUUCAUAAAGUGCUUUUGCGUUUAAUGCAUUUUUCUAUAAAUAUUUUGAUUAUCUCCUAAACGUCAGCCAUUUUCUUAAUUUUAGCAUCAUUAAAAUUAUAAACACUAGUUAGUCAUGAAUAAUAAUAAUGCUGAUGAUGAUGAUAAUGCUAGUGAUGUCGCUGCUGCUGAUGACGAUGAGAAUGAUGACGAGGACGAGGACGUUAUUAUUAUAAGUAGUAAUAGUAUAAGAUGAUGAUGAUGAUGAUGAUGAUGAUGAUGAUGAUGAUGAUGAUGAUGAUGAUUAUGAUGAUGAUGAUGAUGAUGAUGAUGAUGAUGAUGAUGAUGAUGAUGAUGAUGGAGAUGAUGAUGGAGAUGAUGAUGAUGAUGAUGAUGAUGAUGAUGAUGAUGAUGAUGAUGAUGAUGAUGAUGAUGAUGAUGAUGAUGAUGAUGAUGGAGAUGAUGAUGAUGAAUUGUGAAGCGAGAGCAGGUGCAACAUGCGCAUACAUGCACUUAAACGAAUAAAUUGAAUGUAUUUA